AUGCGCGGGCCUCCAGCUCGACGCAACACUACUAUUGUGGCUGCUCUUUUCUACUUCAUCACCAUUCCAUUCCUGAUUAUGGUCUCUCUUGGAAACACCCACAUCAACCCUAUUCUCAACGACAUUUAUUUUUUCAAGCUCGAUGUCUCCCAGAUCAUCCCCAUCUCAGUUGAAAACUCCAACCUACUCAACUCGGUGGCUCGGAGCCUGGGACUUCAUGACUUCUAUCAGGUUGGCCUGUGGAAUUUCUGUGAAGGCUACAAUAAUGAGGGCGUAACCUACUGCUCUUCGCCGGUGCCCUUGUACUGGUUCAACCCGGUAGAAGUUCUUGUCAGCGAGCUUCUUGCAGGCGCCAAGAUUGCUCUCCCCUCUGCCGUAACCACCAUCCUUACGCUUCUCAGGCUGGGAUCACAGGUCAUGAUGGCAUUCUUCACAGCUGGCACGGCUCUGAAUUUUGUCUUGAUCUUCUUGACCCCCCUGGCGCUGUGCACACGCUGGUUCUCCCUGGCCCUCUCCAUCCUAGGCGUAAUCUCGUCUAUCCUUGUGGGCGUGGCUGCCAUCAUCGCCACCGUCAUCACUGUUGCCGCCAAGGUGGCCCUCACAGCUCAGGAUGAGCUCAACAUCAGUGCUGAUAUCGGCAUCAAGAUGUUCGUCUUCAUGUGGAUCGCCGCCAUCUUGAGCGUCCUUGCCCUCUUCCUUCAUCUGGCCAUGGGCUGCUGUUGCAAACCCCAGAAGCGGGGUGCUGCAUACGAGGAUGGGAGGCCCGAGGUUAGGGAAAAGUCAAGCAAGGUGAAUUUGCCCAGCUUUGUUCGUCGGAGGCGAGGAGCUGCAGCCGAAGGUGAUACGUCACCUUCGAACUAA